AUCUACACAACAAUUCGUUCGUUCGUGUCGCAAUUUGUUUUUGUUUUGAUCCAAAAUAUUAGAAAUAUUGAAUUGCUACUACGUUGCUGGAAGCUGGAGGGAAUAAAAUUGGCCAAACUUUAUAAACGAUAAGCGUUUCAGUCCACAGAAUGGUUGAAGAAUCAAAUCUCAACUCUAAUAAACCUAAGACAAAGGCCACUCGUCCAAAAGCAGUGUACCUGUGGACGGAGGCGGACGUGCAGAAGUGGCUGCGGCGGCACUGCAGCGACUACUACAUGCUGUACGGGGAGCUCUUUCAUGAGCACGACAUAACCGGGCGCGCCCUGGUCCGCAUCAACGACAACACGCUCCUGCGCAUGGGCAUCACCGCGCGCGAGCACCGCGACGCCAUCUGGCGGGAGAUCCUGAAACUGCGGCUGAAGACCGACAUCGUGGAGAUCAGGGACCUGGAGCGCCGCCACGGGUAUCUACACUACGACUUGUGACAGGAGGCGCAGGCGCAUCAGGCGGUUUGUCUGGCGCUCGAGAAGUGUCACUCGCCGUAGGAUGGUGCGUAGUUGAUUUGAUUGUGUUGUUGGUUAUGAAGUUUGGGAUAGUAGUGUGACUAUUUUUACGAUAGAUGUAUAAGAUUGUAGGUUCGUAGUGAAUUCUAUUGUUGGUUAUGAAGUUUGGAAUAGUAGUGUGACUAUUUUUAUGAUAUUGAUAAUGGAUUGUGUAGUAGACAAUAUUAUUAUGUAUAUUUGUUAUUAAA